AUGUCUAAUUUCGAUCCCAAUGCCAUACUGAGAGGCGCCCAGCUCACUCUCAACCCGGCAUUGUUCACCUCCAAGCACUAUCGUCAAGCUGCCUUGGCCGUUGCUGCAGGAAUCGCCAUCCGUAUACUCGUUUCCAUACCAGUCGUCAGCAUCAGAGGUCUAUUAUGGAUCCUAGCAUUUGUUGUAGACAUGGACCACGCGCAGUGGGACAACACCAUCGUCGAUGGCCUCCACUUCCUCGAACACUCGGUCCUUCAAGUGCCCUUCUUCUUGAUGACACUCAUGCGAUACAUCACCCCGACCCUCGACGACAUGUUCAUGGAAUCCCUUCGCUGGGUCGAUCAAACGUACAUUCAGAAGCACAAGUCUGAAGAUCCUCGCAACCUCCGCGCCAUGUACUACCCCAAUCUGAACAUGUAUCCGACCCACGGCCCAAAGACCGAAACCAAGACACCGCUCAAGCAAGCACUCACUGCCUUUGCGAUCAGGUAUGGGCGCAAGGCUGGCAUAUCUCUCGCCGUGCUAGCUUUGUCAUACGUACCCUACGUCGGCCGGUUCGUGCUUCCCGCUGCAAGUUUCUAUACCUUCCAGAAGUCUGUUGGUCCACAGCCGGCUGUGGCGAUAUUUGCAGUGGCGCUAGUCAUGCCAAAGCGAUACUUGGUGUCCUUUUUGCAGUCGUACUUCUCUUCUCGAACGCUCAUGCGCGAACUCUUGGAGCCCUACUUUGCUCGCGUACGCUAUACGAAGGAACAGAAGCACAUGUGGUUCAAAGACCGUGCUGGUGUACUUUUUGGCUUCGGCCUUGGUUUCUACGUAUUCGUCAAGAUACCCUUGGUUGGCGUUCUGAUCUACGGUCUUGCAGAAGCCUCAACAGCUUACUUGAUCACCAAGAUUACUGAACCGCCGCCGGCUCCCUCAGAUGCGGAAGCGUUUAAGCAGGAGGAUGUUCGAUGGAAGAACAAGCAUGAAUUUCUCAACUUGCCGUGGCAGGACAUGGAUGCCUACAAUAUCCAGAUGACGAAAGACAGCUUCCGGUCAGAAGUUCGGCAGACGCCUCGCAAGACCUUUAGUUAGGAUAGUCACCGUAGCUAGCAACGGGUAUAUUCUCAAGGUCUUGCAUAAGCUUAGGCACGGCCGUAGACCGAAUAAUGAUAGACUAUAGACGGGAACAGAAAUGAGUAACG